AUGGGGCUGGAAUACAUCAACCGUGCCGCAUCUGGGGCGGUCAGCCAUGCGCCAGAUCGUGAGAUUGAGAGCGAAGAAGAGUCUUCUAGGGACACUCCCCAAGAAGUGAUUAAUGGAGGCCGUAAGCAGGCAGAAUCGGGAGCCCGAGAAGAUAAUGUUCGCGACAUACAAGACCCGUUGCAUGGCGUAGCGACACCCGCUGAGGCCGAAAACCCGGAAGCAUCGAAUGAGACAGAAACGUCUCAUUACGAGCCUAGUGAUGGCGAGAUCGCAAUAGCAAGGGUCGGUCUUACCGAAGCAGAUACUGGUAGAGCAGCACCUCCCCAAACGAGGAAGAGGGGCCUCGACGAACCACAUGACGACGCAACGCAAGCAUGGCGAUGGUGCAAGACGCUGAUGGACUCUCGUACUAGAUUCAGUGGAUCCAGAAAGAUGCGCACAGUGCGGAAGGCUGCCUCUCAAGAGGGUACGCUAAUGUAUCGCUUGUAUUCUGAUUACGCCGAGCACGGAGAUCUCAGCGAACUUCUCAAAGUUUAUUACCAGGAAGAGAAUUUGGACAAACAAAUACCAGAGCAGUUUAUCUGGAUGGUCUUUCAUGCACUGGCCGAUGCCAUAUGUACCCUAAACACGGGGGUGUGCGGAGAGACGCUCGACGAAGUCAAGACGGCGGAAGGACCAGAGAAUGGCCCAGAAGUCGGAAAGGAGGGACAAAUGGCAAAGAAAAGAAAAAGAGGUGGAAACAAGCCCAGGGAGAAGUUCAAAGACAGCAUGGUGCACUUAGAUGUCAAGCCAGCGAACAUCUUUAUCAGUACCGCUAAGGAACCCUACCUAGCGUACCCAAAAACUCUUCUUGCUGACUACGAUGUCGUCAAGAGGAUCUCACCAGCAACAGAUGCUUCAGAGGGGAGGAAAGAUUGGGGAACGAAAGGAUUCCAAGCCCCGGAAAUCAUCCUAGAGGCAGCACACCAUCAUCCUGUUAAUGCCAAAGCAGAUAUUUGGUCGCUUGGAAUGGUCAUCUGGAAGCUGAUGCAUACUACGCUUGGAAGAGAGACGUCGGACCAGAUAUGCGAGGACAGCAUAAAAGCUUCUUUCCAAUUUGCAGAAGGCAAUACGUUCACAUCGACAGACAUUCCAGGUUACGAUGCGAUGUAUUCCAAUGUCUUGCACCAGCUAGUAAUUGACUGUCUCCAGGUCAAUCCAGAAAAGCGACCAGGUUACGGAAUGCUGAGAAAGAAAGCGAAAGCGGAGUUCGAGAGAUCGCAGAGGCGAUUAGGUUCCGUCUUCUCGGGUGAUAAGAUGGGUAGUGAUAUUGCCGGCCACCUCCGAGUCCUUAGGAAAGAAGAAUUGGAGUAUAAGCUAGGGAAUAUGUUUGUGGAGCCUUUGAGCAAGAGGAGGAAGACUCAUGCGCCUGCGGAAUAA